AUGAACCGCGACACAGAUGUACGAAGCCGGACCGCGAGGGCCACCACAUUCCGUCCCCAGCAGCGGCAGGGAGAGUCCCAAUUCGGCUUUCCCAAGCCACAACUCAAGCUGCAGAGGCGACAGUCCAGUGGCUCGGUGACGUCAACGUCAUCAUUGACUUCAAACAAAUCAACUGUCGGCGUCGAAUCUGAUCAGGAUGGAGCUCUGGCACGCCUGUCUCCUAUGGCUCUACCUGGCCGCCAGCCAUCAACUCAGCUGUCUCGAAUCCCUCGACCCAGAGUCCAUUUCAAUAUACGCCCCGAGGUUCUGUUCCAGCCCCCCACUUUCCCGGUCCCCUUGAAGACGCCUACUUCGAACAUGAUCCGGGUAGAGCCUGGUUACGCGAAUUCCGAAGCAUCAGACGAUUCGACCUAUCUUGCGCCUCCUCCACCAAAGCCUCAGACGCUUGCCAUCAAUUAUGCUCCUUUGCGGAGCCGGCCUACCAUCCGGUUCAGAGAUCCGGAUCCAGUCGAAUCUGUGGCCGAUAGCAAAAGCUCUGCCGUCUUUUCUGCGUCCGAGUAUGAGGAUGCCUCAUCUUUCGUUUCGGACAGCUCACAAGCUACGACGGUGAGUACGGAAUAUUGCUACGAAGCACGAUCCUCGAGACGGCGAUCUUUCUCUGGGACAGGCCAAGAACUGUACACCAUGACUUCACCCUUAUCUCGGCGAGCUCUGUCCCGGACCCCAACCAAUCGCUACAUUGACGAAAACCCAAACACCGACAUCCAGGUUGAAACCAACUCCUCGUCUGGUAGAAACGCUAUUGCCAAUGAACGACAUGCCAAGGAGAUGGCAAAGCUUGAGAAAAAGACAAACUACCUGGAAGAACAACAUAGCAUUCUUUCAGCGGAACUCAAAGAUACGAUGAGCAAACUUCUGGCUACGAAGCUGGAAAAAGCGGACAUCGAGAAGGAGCGUUCUAAAUUUGCCGACAAGGUUGAAGCUCUUCAGAAGAAAAACAAAACCUUUCAUGAGGAGCUCGAGAACCAUCGCCAAAUCGAAGAAUCCUAUCGUCAGGACUCUAAGCAGCAUGCGAACAGGGCCACCCAGCUUCAAGGAGAUUUGCAUUCUGUAGAGGAACUUUUGACUCAGAAGAAGCGGGAGAACGCCGAACUUCACGACGAUUUGAAAGCUGUAGAAAAGCUUCUGGCCCAGGAGAAGUUGGCUAAUAGGACUUUGCAAAAGGAUUUGAGAGCGUUGGAAGAAGCUCUAGGCCAAGAGAAAAUGGAAAGUACGACACUACAGGACGAUCUACUGGCUGUCGAAGACGCCCUGGCUCGAGAGAAAACGGAAAGGAAUGCACUGCAGGCGUCCAAGGAGGCACUGGAGGAGUCGAAAGAGGCACUGAACGGGCUAAAGGUGGCAUUGGAGGAGAGGUGCACAGAGCUGGAGAAGACGCAGGAGCUUCUAGUGAAGGAAAAGUCUGAGAUGCAAUCCCUUUACGCAACGCGUUCCACGCUGGAAGUAAGGUACGCAGAUUUGGAAGGUCAAGUGUCUUCCGCUCGUGACACCCGAAAAGAGCUCCAGAGUGUUCUUCUGAUGCAGAUUUCCAAUUUGGAAUCGACUCGGGAUGCUCUGAAGACGCGUCUCGAUAUCUUGGAGCAAAACCUGGCCGACAGGGGGGCCGAGCUCGAAAGCUGCACUGCUUCCCGUGACGAAUAUAAAGAGGAGGCAGAGAAGAAAGGCCUUGAGCUCGAGGCUUUUGAAGAAGAAAAAUUGCAGCGCGAUGAGAGCUUUCAGCGGCUCGAGGAGUCGCUUGAAGAGCUAAAGGCAGCAAAACAUGAGUUGCAGUCCAACGUUUUGUCUCUGGAAACCGAGAAGCAAUUCAUCGCCGAAUCAUUGAAGAGACUCGAAGCGGAAAGGGCCGAAUGGAUUGCAGAGCGGGAAAUCCUCCAGGAGCACAUUUCCGAGAUCGAAAACCAAGUCAGUGGCCUUAAAGCUGAAGUUGAAUCGAAGCAAAAGGAGAUCGAUUCGCUAUUCCGAGACAGAACUCGGCUUCAAGACGAAACCGGAGCUUUAAAAUCCCAGCUAUCAAACAAGGAGAACGAAAUGGAAAACAGUCUGAAUGCUGAACGCCAGGAAUCAGAGGCGACCAUAUCAUCGCUAAACAGCACCAUAAGCCAACUCGAAGAGGAUAAGGCAGCCCUCAGCUCGGACAAAGACACCAUGUCUUCCGAAAACGCAACUCUCACUUCAGACAACGGACGUCUCAGUACAAAAGUCACAUCUCUCACUACAGAGAAUGCUUCUCUGGCUGAAAAUAAUGCUACCCUCACACUGGAAAUCGCAGCUCUCACGGAGCAGAUUGCAACACUAACAACGGAGUGCUCGGCACUCGAAACGAAAACCGCAACACUCACUACGGAAAGUACUACGCUCAUUACGGAAAACACUACACUCGUUGCAGAAAAGGCAGCUCUCGUUUCAGAGCUUGAUAAGUUAAAGGACGAAUUGCCGGCCAAGACAGACAAAGAAUUGGCUGAGAAUCUUGCCGCACUAGAAAAGAAGCACGAAGAACUGUGCAAGAAGUGGACUGAGCUCAGUGCCAAGAAAGAUGCUCUGGAGAAGAGCAACCACGAAAUCCUAGAUGAGCGAGAUAAGCUACAACAACUAGCCGACAGCAAUUCGGAUCAGGUGGCGCGCCUGCAGCAAGAAGUCCAAAGAUUAGAACCACUGCAGCAUCAGCACGACAUCCUGGCUGGUCAGCUUGCUGGUACAAGCGGUCAGCUGGGGCAGAUCAGUGCAGCAUAUGCCACGUCUCAGGAUGAAAUAGCUACCCUGCAAGGACAGCUGGCGACAUUGCGUGCCCGGUCUACGUCCGAAAAGUCGGGAGGAUCGUCCGGCAAGAAAAAGGGAAAGUCAUCAAAGGAUGAACUUGUAAUCGUACGAAACUCGUCAGACCGAAGAUUAUUCCAGGUUGUCAAAAAGUCUGAUUUAUACUCUUCUCGAAGCUCGUCUCGCAACUCACGCAAGUCGGACGAGGAUUCUUGA